AUUUUCUCAAACCCUUCUCCUUCCUGAAACACUCACCCCAAAUUUAACCCUAGGAGAGAGAAAAUCCAAAAUUCAAAUCCAAAACAGAUCAUGGUACUCUCUCUCAAUGUUUCCUCAUUCUCCCUCUGUCACUUUCGUCUUUUUUACCAAAAUGAUGGUAUUAAUACUCGGUUUCCAGAUUAAUACUGGUAUCGCUACAAAAUGUCCGGUAACUUUUUUUACUCGGUUCAAAUUUGUGGAAUUAAAUCCCUCUUUCAAUUUCGAUUUUUGUCCUUUUUUUCCAAUUUUUCCACAAAUCAUAAACCCUAAAAUUCUCUCUCCUCUUCCUUUCUCUGAUUUUUUUUUCGUUCCUCAAUUUCUUAUCAUUUUAGUUAUUGAGUUUUUGGGGGUGAAAAUGUACUAUUAGUAAUUGGGAUGUUAUUGGAGGAUGUGGUAUGUUAUCGAGGAUACCAGUGUAGUUAUUUUCAUCUUUGUAAAAAUUUCUAUUUUUGGUGUUGAAAGAAGGCAGGGGAUAUUGUAACCCCAAAAAAAUGGAAGCAUUCUUUUUCUGGUGUUUUUGGUUCAAUAACUUUCCUUUUCUUUGCUAGAAAAUAUACCUGUCAAUUCUUGUUUUUCUUUUUAGCAACGAGAUUUUUUAUUUUUAUUAUUUAUUUUUGACAUAUUCCAAAUUAAACAGUCAGAAUGGUACAUAUAUACCAGUUUGUUCGUUCGUCUGACUUAAUUAGCCUCAUUUAAAUGGUGUACUGCAAUUGCUAUUUUUAUAUACUGAACUUAUAUACUCCAAAACUGAAAGUAUAGAAUUCAUCUUCGUAGGUUAGUAAUGCUAAAUAUGAUCAUGAGCCGGGCUGGGCUGGGUCUCUUGGGCUUAAGCCCGGCCCGGUGUUGUUUUAACCAUGGCCCGGCCCGGCCCGAACCUGGCCCGAUGAACCCCUCUGAGUUAUCACCAUCUCCCUGAGCUCCUUAUAGUAGUGUAUAUAAACUACAUUCUCUUCUUUCCAUUGUAAUAUUUCUUUACAAAAUCUACAUUCUCUUCUUUCCAUUGUAAUAUUUCUGUACAAAAUCUAGUGAGAGAUAAUAAAAUUCUUUGAGGUUCUUGGAUUGCUGUAGUUUUGAUGAUUUUGAUAUGGUGUCGUGUUAUUGUUGUGGCAAAGAACGUUCUGGAAAUGACAUUAAAAGCCACAAUGAAUCUAAACACAAAGAUUGGGAUUUUCAGUGUUCUUUAUGUGGAUGCAAGUUCAGAUGGAACACUGAACUUGCACACCAUCAAGAAAAGCACAAGGAAGAAUCCAAUGGAAAGAAGGGAAAGAAGGGAGGCUAGGGAAAGAAGGGAGGAGAUAUAUGUGAUUAACAAGUUCAUAUUCUUUGUCGCAAUUAAAGAACUGAAGGAAUCCUUACAUGAAAUACUUGCGGAGGGAAACAAGGUCAAUCUUGAGCAGAAGAUGUCUGAGGAAACGUCGCAUGCAUCACGAUAUGUGAAGUUGACUAAGGCUCAUUUCUCUGCUGAUGAAGAGAUUAGGCCUGGUGAACUCAAUCAAGCAAUACCCACUUCUCAGAAUUCUCCAUGCGAUCCAUGCCUUGUACAUUGCUGCAUGCAUUGGUGUGCAAUAUGCCAGGAGCAUCGGGAGAUGAAAGCCUGUCUCACAGAUGAUUUUCCGAUGCCCAUGACAGUUGUCAACCCUCCUCCUGUUCAAGAGAUGAACUCUGGCAGGGAAAACCAGGAAGCAUCAGCAACUUCUACUUCUGAAAAGAACGAUGAUAGAAACGGUGUUAGUUUAGAGAUGCAGGCUCGAUAGUUUUCUUACAUAUAUCUGUGUAUCUGCGUACUGUAAAAAGAAAAAACCAGAGGAAUGUUUCCGGGAAACUUUAUUAGAACUUGAUAGCAAAUACUAGGGGUUUUGUUGAUUUAUGAUGGGUGAAGUUGAUAUAUACUGUUUAAAAGGUCCAUUUUCAUAUUGUACAAGAAAUCCACAGGCUUUCUAUUAAGAGAAAUUUGGCACUA